AUGAGGCCCUACUACUUCAACCCUUCCUGGGGCAUGCACCACUGGCACCGCGGGGGCGGACGCGGCGGGUCGCGUCUGCUCUGGUUCAUCAUCGGCGGCGUCGCCACCGCCUGGUGGAUGAAGGGCAGCAGGGAGCACCACGGCUUCCACGCGCACUGCGAAUGGCGCAAGCGGCAGCAGGCCAUCGCCGAGCAGAGCCAGAGCCAGAGCCACAACCAGGCGCCGCCUCCGACCUACCCCACCAGCGCCCCGCCCGCACCGUCGAUCGCGAGCGUAGCGUCCCUUCAGGCCGCUGCUGCGCCGGCCGGCUCGUGGAGCUGGACGAGCACAUGGGGAGACGGUCAGCGGCAGAUGGGCAGCAGCUGGGACGAGAACCGCGCGAGGAUCGAAGAGGAGAAGGAGCGGUUGCGCGACUGGGGCGCGAACGCGGACGAGAAGAUGAUCGAGAUGUCCGAGAACGCGUUGAACACGGUCGUGUCGUACGCCGAGGCGCUCAAGACGAAGAUCGCCGAGCAUCGCGCGGAGCGUGAGGCCGAGAAGAAGCGCGCAGCAGAAUUGGAGGCGCAGGCGAGGGCGAACCCACCUCGUUGGGUUUGA